UGUUAGCUGACAUUUGUUGUGACACUAAAGUAGAUUUCUUGGCAGAAAUAAACUUUAUAUUUAUUAAUAAUUAACGGGGAUAAUCAAACAAGAUAGGUGACCAAACUUGGUCGCUAACGACCGAGCUGUUUUGUGUGGCUAAAGUUAGCUAACCUAUAUUGUACAGUAAGGUUACUGCGUCCAUGUCAUAAGGAGGUCAAUGGACCACAACAAGCAGUAUUUUCGACAGGCAUCAUUUAUCUGAUUAAAGGUGGAGAAGAUGCGUUGACAGCUGUGUGUGUGUGUAUGAGUCCUCUCCGGUAAUAAUUACUGAGCAAUCUGCGGUUCGUUUAGUUUGUGUUAUGGCUUCUUUGGCGAGCUCCUCAUUAAUAUCGCCUGUCAGACUUUGCUGUUUGCACCUGUGCUCGGGAACAAGCAGGGCGCUCUCUGCAAACGGCUUGGGUCAAAGGAGUUUGUAUCCAGGUGAAGGAGCAGGUGCAGCAGCACCUCUGUGCAGAAGAACACAUCUUCCCUGGUGGAAUGGGACUAGAAGGUUUUUCUCUCGUGGUGGCGGUGCAGUCGAGAAGCAGCAGACCCUGGAGGACCUCGCCAAGAACAUCAGAGAGCAGCAGUACAAGCGGGUGGUGGUGAUGGCCGGAGCCGGGAUCAGCACGCCUAGUGGAAUCCCAGAUUUCAGGUCUCCAGGCAGCGGUCUCUAUGACAACCUGCAGCAGUACCACCUGCCUUACGCCGAGGCGAUAUUCGAGAUCAACUUUUUCCAUCAAAACCCUAAUCCCUUCUUCGCCCUGGCCAAAGAUCUGUAUCCAGGGAAUUAUCAGCCCAAUCUGACACAUUACUUUGUACGGCUGCUCCACAAGAAGAGCCAGCUCCUCAGGAUGUACACACAGAACAUCGACGGGCUGGAAAGAUUGGCAGGGAUUCCUCCUGAGAUGUUGGUGGAGGCUCACGGUACAUUUGCCACCGCCACCUGCACAGUCUGCCUGAAGAAAUAUGAGGGAGAGGAGCUGCGAUCGGAUGUGAUGGGAGGGAUGGUCCCAAAGUGCACCGCCUGUAAGGGCAUAGUAAAGCAUGACAUUGUGUUAUUUGGGGAGGAGCUUCCACAUCACUUCUUCAAGUACCUCACAGACUUCCCACUGGCAGACCUCCUGAUCGUCAUGGGAACUUCACUGGAGGUGGAGCCCUUCGCCAGUCUGGCGGGAGAGGUGCGCAGCUCUGUUCCCCGACUGCUCAUCAACCGGGACUUGGUGGGUCCGUUCGCGUGGCGCCGCUGGCCUCAUGACGUCGUGCAGCUGGGUGACGUGGUCAGCGGUGUGAAAGCCCUGGUGGAUGCCCUCGGCUGGACUCAGGAGCUGGACGCUCUGAUGGAGGCUGGUGCUGGGAAAGCUGCAACAAAGACAGAAGAGUGACGAUUUCACCACAUUAAGCUGGAGGUUUGACUUUAUUCACAGCACUCACUGUGACGCACCAACACUGCAAGACUAAAGCCAGACUGAAAGUGGUUGUACUCGGAUCUUUGGUUAUAUCACUAGAAACUCACAGAUAAGCAAAUAUGGAGCCGCUACAAAAGAAAUACAGAAAUGUUUCUCCGUCAAAUCAUAUCGCUAGAAUGCAGGCAAGUGACACGCAAGGAUAAUGUGGUGGAGAAAUCAAACCAGGUGUCUGUGUGCAAAAGAAUAUAUUGUGCAGUUGAUUCACCAUGUUGAUAUAUAUAUAUAUAUAACAAAGAAGUGCAAUAUUAUAUUUAUUUAUUUUAUUAUAUUUAUUAGGUAACUUUUUGAAAUGUGUCUAAACUCUUUGUAAGAAAUGCAAUGACAACCUUGAUGAUCUACUGAAAAUUGCUGCUACAGUGGAAUUUAUAUUAAAAACUUAAAAAAGAUAUACAUAUUUAAGGAAACGGAAAACAGGAGAAUUAGAAUGUUAAUUUAGCUUUUUAGGUUUUUCAGGACUGACUCUUCUUUGCAUAAACAGAGUAAAUAAAGCAUUUGUUGGGGACUAUAUUCAGCGGCGGAUGAAUCCACACUUGGUGCUCUAGUGAGUAUUUGUGGCAGCAGGACGGUGUGUGUGUGGGAGUCAAAAUGAAGUACAGUGUGUGUGUUCAUGGUAUUGAAGGAACAUGUCACACAGUGCAGCAGUGUGGCUCAUUGAUGCGAUUUAAUAAAAGAUAUGAGAAGAUAUAUCAGGCUUUGAUACACACAACACUUUUUAGUAGAUACAUUAACUGUUGGUUUUAUUCUUUUCAUGGGAUUUGGUGGUAUUCUAAACCAGCAGAGGGAGCCAGAGGACUGCCUUUAGUGUGGCAAAAAGUCCUGUUUAAACAUUUCUUUAGGUCAGGGGUCGGGAACCUAUGGCUCACGAGCCAUAUACGACCCAUAUG